AGAAACUUAAGAGAACAUUUACCAGGCAGCAAUAUAUCGUCGUUGACGCUAUAAGUGAUAGAUUUACGUACCAAUAUUAAUGGGUAAGGACGAGAAGUUUAGAAAUAUCAUAUCACACGACAUUUUUAAAUGCGUAAGAUUUUUUUAUUUUUAAAAUAAUUAAAAAUGUCAUAAAAUAAAAAUAAAAAUAAAUAAAAUAAUUGCACAAAGAGACACAAACAAGCGGAGAAAUUUUAGAGGGAAAUCAAAGACAAAAGAAUCGAAAACUCCUCUUCUUAACUGUCUUUCUUCUUCCCUUUUUCUCUCAUUAUUAUUAUCAUUACUAUUAUUCAGUCUCAUCACCUAAUCUUCUGUUUCCUCUUUUUUUCUUUUUUUUUUUACUUUUAUUCAAAUAAAAGCUCUCAUUCUUGAGUUAAUUCGGCUGUUACAAUGGCUUCUAUCGCAACCUCUCCUCGAUUCUCUUCACUCUACUUGUCGCCUACUAAAAUCUCACCAUCUCACGUUUCACUCAAAACCCGAUCGCCACAACUCGCCGCCCGCUUGUUGCCGGAUAUUCCGAAACUUCAAAUUCAAUUCUCCAGUGAACCAUCGAUCCUUGCCGGUUGGAUUACUCAACCGAUCAAACGGCGACGUCCUAUUGACUUUCCUUUAGUUAACGCUGCAGCUGCUGAUGCUGAGGGACACGUGGAACCUGCAGCUAAAAGCUUUGGCGAGAGAUUUCCUGCUUUGGUUACAGGUUUUUUCUUCUUUAUGUGGUAUUUCUUGAAUGUCAUCUUCAACAUACUCAACAAGAAGGUGUAUAAUUAUUUCCCCUAUCCAUAUUUUGUUUCGGUCAUCCAUCUCCUCGUUGGAGUAGUAUAUUGUCUUACUUCUUGGGGUUUUGGUCUACCAAAACGUGCACCUAUUGAUAGGGACCUGCUGGUGCUGUUGACCCCAGUUGCAUGCUGUCAUGCCCUUGGCAAUGUAUCAUUUGCAGCUGUUGCUGUAUCUUUCACACACACCAUUAAAGCUCUAGAGCCAUUCUUCAGUGCUGCUGCUUCUCAGUUUGUGCUGGGUCACCAAAUUCCAUUGUCCUUAUGGCUGUCACUGGCUCCAGUAGUUAUUGGUGUAUCAAUGGCAUCAUUGACUGAACUUUCCUUCAACUGGACUGGGUUCAUUAGUGCAAUGAUUUCAAACAUCGCAUUUACCUACAGAAGCAUCUAUUCAAAGAAAGCAAUGACUGGCAUGGACAGCACAAAUGUGUAUGCUUACAUUUCAAUAAUAGCCCUCUUGUUUUGCAUCCCACCAGCAGUACUGAUUGAGGGUCCUAAGCUGAUGCAAUAUGGUUUCAGAGAUGCAAUCUCCAAAGUGGGAUUAUUCAAGUUCGUGUCGGACCUGUUUUGGAUUGGAAUGUUUUAUCAUCUUUAUAAUCAGGUUGCCACUAAUACUUUGGAACGAGUUGCACCACUUACACAUGCUGUUGGAAAUGUGUUAAAACGAGUUUUUGUCAUUGGGUUCUCCAUUGUGGUAUUUGGCAAUAGAAUCUCCACUCAAACUGCGAUUGGUACAGCUAUAGCCAUAGCAGGUGUUGCCAUGUACUCCCUCAUAAAGGCUAACAUGGAAGAGCAAAAACGGAAGGCUGCUAUAGCUCCUGCAUCAUGAGGAAAUGCACCGUUUGGAUUUAUCGACCAUGUGGAGGAAAAAUGGAUAUCUCUGCAUGGAAUUUUAUCAACUCAUUUAGAUGUUCAAAUUCAAGGAGAAGAAAUUUUUGGAUGGAGGAGCUUAAAGAAUAAGAUCCAACUCUCAAAUUUAGCAACAUCAUGCUGAUAACUAACCUUUUCCUUAUUCGGAACCAGAGCUCUUAGAAAUUGUGGACAGAAUAAGAAUAAGGCCCAACUCUCAAAUUUGGUUGUAAAACAUAAGCUGAUAAGUGAAUAUCUAUCGUUUCUUAA